AUGGCUUUACACGGAGGCGUGUAUCACACAUACCAGAGAGCUGAAGACUUCAUAAUAGCUUCAAACUUGCCCGACACUAAAGUGAAGAACAUGUCGCUAUCCAGAGUAAUAAAACCAGAAUGGAUUACAGAUAGUAUAGCAGCAAAUCAACUUCAGGACUACAAAAACUACUUGCUUUACAGAAAUUCAAGGACACAACCACAAUUGAACUUUCAUAAAAAUGUAAAACAUGAAGUUUCCAAAGUUGAAAAUGUUCUUUUAGAGGAGAGCACUGUCCCUAAUAGUAAUUUAAUAUUUAAAGAUGAGGAAGAACCUGUUAAACCAGUGGCUGCUGUGAACAAUUUAGAUGUAAUGUGUAAUGAAACCAAACAUAUUCCUACAAAUGUUACCUCCAAUGACUUCGUAAUAGACCAGAGUUACGUGGCAAACCUGUAGCUGUCACACAUUCCAAGGGAGGCCAGGCCAGACCCAAGAGAGCAGGAGUCGAC